AUGGAUCCUGGAGGAGAUGAGAUGCCUCCUGAAUCCAACCGAUCGCCUCGUUUAACUCCUGCGUAAGUGAAAUAACCGGGCAACACAAUUCAACAUUGAUUUUCCCGGUUACAGUCAAGAACGACAACAAAGAAGUGCCUUGAGAGCGCAACGAGCUCUCCGACGCCAAAUUCGAGAAUCGUUGCGACCGCCUUCGCCCGCGCGAGUGUUUUCGGUUUCUCCGCCCGAGGCCGACCUAUGGCAGUCGAGGCGGAGAAUUCGAUACAGAGAUGCGGACGGAUUCGUGCCGCCCGCGCCUCCUUCGCCACCAUCACCCGAAUUCUCGUCACAGGAUAACUUUCCGAUGUUACACCAACAAGUUCCGGAUAUGUAUGAACUCAUGAAUCAAGUUGUUAGGGACGGAGGCGACAUAGUGCAGACUCUGAGGCAAAUCAUGAAUUUGUUCACGAGAUCGCAGAACGGAGAGGACAUUUCGAACAUUGCGUGGGUCUCCUAACUGAAAAAAUCUGUGCAAACAGAACUGAAAUUAUUUCAGUGCGCUGGCGCCUCUGAUUCCUCGUGCCACUGACGUUGAACCGGUGACGACGUGGGGAGACUGCCCGAUGUGCUACGAUCCGCCCAUCGAUCCACAUGGAUGCAACUUCUGCCUUCAGUUCAUCGGAUGCAAAGUGUACGAAAAACGACAAAAACUCAGAGAGUCCCUCAUAUUCGAUCUCAUUUUCAGGUGCAUUCGCAAUUGGAACAUUCGUUCGCGCGUUCCGUCUUGUCCGUUGUGCCGCCACACAUGGGGUGGAGCUCCGGACAUUUCCAGCAUGACUGAAAUCGAUAGUCGCCGUCGCAACACCGCCUAUCAGACUACUGGCGCCACCGCUUCUCAAUAA